AUGACCGCCCCCGAUCUACCCAUGCAGUCAUCAAGACCUAUACCGAUACCUCUUGGUGAUGCGGACCACACCGAAUCGAAAUCAGGCGCAAAAUUACCAGUUAAACGCUCAAUUAGCAUCAGUUCCAUCAAGCAUAUAUCCAGAAUUUCAGAUUCUCCUCCCAACCCAUCACAUCCCUUGCAAGGGUACGACUCCACCGUGAACCAGUACUGUUCAUUUGACUGUACCGCGUUCGAAGAUAGCGAUUGCGACGAUACCUUUGACGAUGAAGAUGAUGACGGAUCAAAACUGUCGCUUUCCAUUGAGUCUUCUAGCAGCCUUGCCAGUUCUGCUCAAAGCAACCAAUGGUUCGGUUCUCCAUCAAUGCGCCCAUCUAGACGAACACCACCCACUUUUCCUCGGCAAUUGAGAUUGUCAAUUUCGUCUUCAACCUCUCCACCCUCAUUCGCAGCACUUUCCAUUAAAAGUGCAAGUUCAAACUGCACGACGCAUACGUUUGCAACCUCGACCCUCGCGCGCCUGUCGUCACUAGAGUCGGUUUCAAGUCUCAAGCAGGCGUCGCGUAGACCAUCCAGAACCCUUGCAUCAAACUUGACAGAAUCUCUCAAGAGUAUUCAGAAUUCUGUGCGUAAAAGAACUGCUAGCAUUACAGCGACAUUCACCCUCACACCCAGAAUGACCGAUGAUGUACUUCCUCACCAGCCGGCUGUCGUUGAGGAAGAAUUGACUACAUUCCGUGGAGAUGGAGCCGACAUCACCAGUAGAAAUCCCACCAUUACCCCACGAUUCAAGAAUAGAGAUCAGAGGGUAAAUCCUGAUUUUCUUCGACUCUAUGCUUUUGACUAUAGUGGAAGAACCCUGGGAAUGCUUCCUAUAGCCCACACCAGCAGCGAACUUGAACGUCUCUUACAAGGAAGCGAAGCCAUUAGGCAAUUCCAUCAUGCUAAUAAUCUCCAUAAAAUACUGAAUGCUUCUAAAGAGAAACUAUGGCGCGGAGUGAUACUUGGUCCUCGAUCCGAUAGAUGCCCUUAUAGUCAUAUUGAGUGUGAUCUGUACGUGAACACAGACAUCACAAGUACUCAAAGUCUUGUUCGUCUACAUGGUACACAUCAGCCGUGGAAUGUUAAUGGUGCACGUUGUUUCAAACCUGCAGGUAUCCUUUAUGGAGCAAAGGAAUGUAUUAAUGGCCAUGCUCCUAGUAGUGGAGUGACUCGCUCACAAUACACCGUCAAAGGAUGGUGCAACUCACGGUGGCUUGCUACCGAAAUAUGA